AAGCGGUGACUCUACUCGUUGAAAGAAUCUCUCUCGAUACCCCCUCGUAUCUAUUUUCGAUCGAAAGAUUCGCAGGUUCGCGUCGUCGAUUGUUGACUCUCCAGAAUUUCCUGCGACGAGAAGAACGCGACGGGUGAUCGGCAUUGCUUACGAUGCGAAAAUCGGAUUGAAAACCUGAAUAAUAGACAAGAAUUCAGUCAAAAUUGUGCGGGACUAUCGCCUUGAAGGAUUUCAUAAUGGCGAAUGAUUACAAAAGUGCAACGGACUGAGAUAGCGUAACGUAAAGCGCUUGCAUUCCUAUGACAGGAAGAGCGUCCAUCCAUCUUUUGUGGAUAUAUUCUGCUGAUCUGAAUUAAACUCUGAAAGAAAAAAAAAAAUAUAUCAAGUGAUCGAAAUAUAAUCGAUGCUAAUAUUUCAAACUGAAUGAAAAACGAAUGCCCUUCGGAGGAAAAUACUUCACUUCAUUAGAUUAAAACUUUACGUCACAUUGAGAUAAGUUCUUCGACGAAGUUGAGGAAACAAACGAUAGGUGAAAUUAAAAAUCCUCAAAUUCACAUUUGCAAUCAUGUUUGUGAAUAAUUGGGAGAACGACACCUUGUCAACACCUGCGUUUAAUAAGACGACGAUGAUGACCAAUGUAAUGACAAGUGAUACACGGAACAGACAUGUGACUUUCGCGUCUCAGUUUGUGUUAACCCUCGUCUAUACAACCGGUGUUAUUGGUAACGUGUCCGCCCUAGUCAUACUUUUUCAUCGGGACAAGAGAAGAAACCGCAAGCAUUUGCUGAUGCUGCGUUGUUUGGCAACCAACGACCUCGUGGCGUUAUUGGGGAUGUUGGUGCAGAUGUAUGUUACAAUUUAUGCUGGCAAUGUAACAUCCACAAGAGUAUUUUGUUCUCUGCGGGUUGUCUGGCGACUUUUUGGUCUCUUCAGCGGCUGCGUCGCCAUCGUCAUGGCAGUGGAGAGAUGGCUAGCUUUGACUAGACCCUUUGUUUAUCAACAACAGGUGACGUAUCCGGUAAUUGUGCGUUGUAUGUUGGCACUUUGGUUGGUCGCAUUGGCGUUGACCAGCCUCCCUGUUAUGGGCUUCGGUUUGUAUUAUAAAGGCAGUCAAUGCAUACGAUAUAGAGAAGCCACCGAGCCGAGCGAUAUCGCUUAUGCUUAUGUAUGGUUCAUUUCCGGUACUCUUUUAUGUUUGUCAAUUGUCUGGUGCAACUUGGCGGUUUCUAGGGCUUUGAGUAAAUUAAGUCGUCGCACUGUUGCUCUUAGGAGAAUCUCCAAAGCUUCAUCGAGAACAAAACCAUUGUUGACCAUAACCGGGCCACCCCAUCGACCGGAAAUGGUUGCUACGACCGAAGAAAGAGCAUUCGCAAGGCUUAUGGCUGUAUUAUCAAUAUCAUUCGUUAUCUGCUGGAUGCCACACAUGAUUUCUAUUCCAUUGGCUCAAUUCGCGAUGCAGUUACCUGAAACGGCGCGGAAAUGGAUUCGACACUUCUACAUCAUAGCCGAUAUACUCUUGUGCGUUCACUUUACCCUGGAUCCAUACAUUUACGUAAUUUUACGAAUGCCCCGGCCGAGAUUCCGACUGUUGAAGCCCCUCUGUAAGAUCUGCUGGCCGGAUCGAAGUCGCUCCAAUUCCUUUACAGGUACGACGGAUCAUCAAUGUAGCAGCGGUGAUCCACCCACACCGAACACCGAGGCACCCUCGACCCCUGUCAGCGAAGAGCACGUGUCUCAUCUGGCUACAGCAUCGCUCUGAGAGCGGCCUAUGCGAAUGAUCUUCCUGAAGCGACUGAAAAAUCAUGAUGUAAUCAGAUGUAAACGUUCGAAUCGUUUCGAGACUGGAAGACAUUCGCCCAGCUUUUGAUUGACUCCGUUCAUUUGCACACAAGGCAAAUGAAAGUGACGUUGACUUUCAUUUCGUACAGGAAAUCAAAAUUCGACUUAAAGAUUAAUCAAAGAAGAAAAUUGUAAUUUGUAGAUAACUAAUAUGAUGUACUGGAAUACGUUUAUUUUAAAGUGUAAAAUUCUAGUCAGCAACGAGAGCGCGAGAAUGAAUGACGGAAUACAAUUAAUUAUCUCGCGAAUAAUCAAAGUGUAAAUGUAACCAAUGGUGACAACAAUUUUUCCAACAUUAAAAAUUCAAACUAUAGGAUGUGGAUGUAAAUGGCAAUAUCCUACAAAUGGAUAUAUUUUUUAAAAAGAUAGUAUAGUUUACAAGAUAUAUAAAGUAUGUACGUUCUUACAUUUAAAUUUAGUUUAGAGUAUAAAAUAAAAAGAUAGUUUUUUUAAACAUUUAUGACGGGGGGCUGGGCACGCAUUGCACUUUUCAGCCGAUUUUCGAGUGCCGCUGUUCCUCUUACCUCACCGUUUCGAAGCGGUGACUUGGAUUGCCGUGCGAAGGGGUGAGGUAAGGGAAACAGCGGCGCUUGAAAAUCGGCUGAAAAGUGCAAUGCAUGCCGAGUCCUGAUUUAUGUCAAUCAAGUAUAUUUGAAAUAUUGUUCAGCCUUGAACAAUGUAUAUACCAUAAAAGAAAAAUUUAUUCUACAUACCUUAGUAAUGAGAGAGAGAAUGAAAGUGUGAAUAGCUAGCGGCAGAGCGAUGUUUGGAAGGUUUUUUUUCUCUCCUCCUGGGUGAUCUUUCAAGUUGGGCUCUCUCUUCUCUUAUCUUCUCCGGGUGAAUCAAUCCUUCCAGGUGUCAUAAUUUAUACUACAUAUAUUCCGUGUUGUGUGUGUGCAAUUGCAACCUAGAGCGUAGUCGGUAUAUAUUUGUAAACGACUUUAUUUUAAACGAAUAUCAAGUUAUUUGUACAUAAUAUCAUACAUACAUAUGUUAAUGUAUUUUGCGUACGCGCCGAGCAAUGUCGCGUAUAGCGUUUGCGCGGGCGUUUAACAAUUCUUUCAAAUAAACGUUAAUCCGAAAU